AUCAAGAUACGCGUUGAUCUUAUCAAUUUAGCGAUACGGUUGAGAAGCACUUCGCCUUGUCCGCAUCCACAGAGUUCGAGAACACUUGGCAGAAUGGCGGGCGGAGGGGAGGAGCACGCCGCGCACUCAUCCGUGCAGGAUGAUGCGAAAGAUUCCGAAUCGGACGGCGAUGCAGCUGAAGACAUUUUGGAAGAGUCUCCCUGUAAACGAUGGUCAAAACGUCGUGAGCAGGUGAAGCAGAGAGAUGUUCCUGGUAUUGAUGUCGCAUAUCUGGCGAUGGACAAUGAGACGGGAAACGAGGUAGUGUGGAAUGAAGUGCAAUUCUCCGAGCGCAAAAAUUUUCGAGCACAAGAGGAGAAGAUCAACGCAGUUUUCGACAAUCUUACUCAAUUGGUACACACGAACCUGGUAAAAUUCCAUAAGUACUGGACUGAUGCAAAGUCGGAGAAGCCUAGGAUUAUAUUUAUUACGGAGUAUAUGUCAUCGGGGUCAAUGUCUUUAUUUUUGCAACGCACACGAAAAUCUGGAUCUCCACUGAGCAUCAAGGCAUGGAAGAAAUGGACUACUCAGAUAUUAUCGGCGCUCAACUAUUUACAUUCAUGUGUACCUCCGAUCACCCAUGGAAACCUUACAUGCGAUACAGUAUUCAUACAGCAAAACGGACUGAUUAAAAUUGGAUGUGUGGCUCCCGAUGCCAUUAAUCACCACGUGAAGACGUGCCGCGAUAAUCUGAAGAAUAUGCAUUACAUGGCACCGGAAUACGAAUAUUGUACUGAGGUGACUCCAGCUGCUGAUAUUUAUUCGUUUGGUGUAUGUGCUGUUGAGAUAGCCGUUAUGGGUGGUCUAUCUGGCUGUCAAAGUGGAGCAACUGAUGGACCCAUCAGUCGUGAGAGCAUUGAGAAAGCCGUUCGUUCUUUGGAAGAGGAAAAGCAACGAGAUCUCAUUCAAUUAUGUCUACAGAAGGAUCCGUUGAAGAGACCGUCAGCCAGGCAGUUGCUAUUUCAUCCAGUCCUUUUUGAA